CGUGAACAAAAUAGAUUUGUUUUACAAAGUGAAAGUUUUCCAAACUAACAAUGCCAAAUUGGUAUUACGAUAAAAAGGACCUACGGAAUACGCCUUCAGCGAGAGAUGGCGUCGAUUACGAAACCGAAAGACGGUACCGAAAGGAAGGCGCACGGUUUAUUAUGGAAGCCGGUGCAUCGAUGAGUUUGGGUCACAACACGGUGGCAACGGGAGUUGUGUAUUUCCAUCGGUUCUAUAUGUUCCACUCGUUUCGAACAUUUCCACGCUUCGUGACGGCCAGCUGCUGCCUUUUUCUCGCCGGGAAAGUAGAGGAAACUCCAAAGAAAUGUAAAGACAUUAUCAAGACUGCACGAUCGCUGCUACCCGAUGAGAAGUUUCAGUCGUUCGGGGAUGAUCCAAAGGAAGAAGUUAUGACGCUGGAGCGCAUUCUUCUACAAACGAUCAAAUUUGAUCUGCAGGUUGAACAUCCUUACUCGUUCCUGGUGAAGUAUGCUAAAAGCCUGAAGGGAGAUUCGGCCAAGUUGCAGAAGAUGGUUCAGAUGGCAUGGAAUUUCGUUAACGACUCACUAAGCACCACCGUAUCGAUUCAGUGGGAGCCGGAAAUCAUUGCUGUGGCAUUAAUUUACUUGGCCAGCAAGCUGAGCAAAUUCACCGUUGUUGAUUGGGUUGGAAAGCAGCCCGAGCAUUUGAAAUGGUGGGACAUGUUUGUACAAGAUGUGACGAUGGAGAUUUUGGAAGAAAUUUGUCAUCAGGUGUUAGAUCUGUACCAGCCGACGCAACAAGCAAAUGCACCACCGGACAGUCCGCCUCAAUUGCCCCCCAGCAAGGCAUCUCCACCCAUGAAGCGUGCGAAUAUUUCACCAAUAACAAACAAAAAUUCACCAAACAUUUCCGUGAAAACGCCUCUACCACCGUUACCUCCAGCGGAAAUUGAAGCAAAUCCGAUUCCGAAGCACAUAACCACCGACAGCUCGCAUUAUCCGUACCCUCCAUAUCCAAUGCAUCCUGCGCCACCAAUGCCGCCACAAACUCAUGGGCCACCGCCGCCAUACGGGCCAGCUCCGAUACCACCCCAACCUCCCCAGGCAUGGCAACAUUAUCAACAUCCACCGCAUGUAAACAAAUAUUAUCCCCCAGGACCACCACCAGGACGAAAUAGUUACUAUCCUCCUCAGUAGUGUGUACAGUGUGGAGCUUUUCGGUUUAUAAUAAAAGAUACAUGGAAAUAAAACGAAUUCUAACAUACAUAA